AGGCUCCGGUAUAUAAAUCAGGCAAAUUCCCCGUUUGAGCAUGAACCUGUGAAAAGUGCCGGCAUCUAAGGUCUCCUCCAAGGCCCUCUGCAGUCCAGCCCAUAAUGAAGGUCCUGGCGGCAGGAAUCCUGUCACUGCUGCUUGUCCUGCACUGGAGACAAGGGGCAGGGAGCCCCCUUCCCAUCACUCCUGACAAGGCCACCUGCACCACGCGCCACCCUUGUCCCAGCAACCUCAUGAGUCAGAUCAGGAAUCAGCUGGUGCAGCUCAACAGCAGUGCCAACGCCCUCUUUAUUCUCUAUUACACGGCCCAGGGCGAGCCGUUCCCCAGCAACCUGGACAAGCUAUGUGGCCCCAACGUGACAGACUUUCCCCCCUUCCACGCUGACGGCAUGGAGAAGGACAAGCUGGUGGAGCUGUACCGGAUCAUCGCCUACCUUGGCGCCUCCCUGGGCAACAUCACGCGGGACCAGAGGAUUCUCAACCCGGAUGCCCAGGACCUCCACAGCCGGCUGAGCUCCACGGCGGACACCCUGAGGGGACUCCUCAGCAACGUGCUGUGUCGCCUCUGUAACAAGUACCACGUGGGCCACGUGGACGUGACCUAUGGCCCCGACACCUCGGGCAAGGACGUUUUUCUGAAGAAGAAGCUGGGCUGUCAUCUCCUGGGGAAGUACAAGCAAGUGAUGGCGCAGCUGGCCCAGGCCUUCUAG